UACCUAUUCUCUUCUGACUCUUACUGUGACUUAUAUUUCUCUGGAGUUUGACUCAACAGUCCCAACUUUAUUAUUCCUGAUAUCCAAUCCACCAUGUGCAAACAAUACAAACAGCUUAUUCAGCAUCAUCUAAAUAAGCAGAAACGGACGGCUGUGGCAAACAGUGCAAAUUGCGUCUAUCCGGCCAGGUGGUCCCAUAUAGCUCUAGCCUAGGCAAAGUAACCUAAGAGUUGAGCUACUACAUCCUUGAGUUAGGUGGAGCCAUUGAGGAACGCGUGCGCCCACUGAUACCGUUCCGACACCACCUGAUCCUUCCACAGAUCAGCCAAUUCUGAAUUUCGUUAUAACCAUGGCUUUGUCCCAGUCAUACAUGCCUCUUCGGAGGUCACUCUGCCAUUUCUCAUCGCGGACUAGUCGCACUUCUCGCAGCUUUCAGGGUGCAUUUCGCAGGUACUCAUCAGAACAGCAACACCGGGAACCAAAACCGUUUACUGUGUGGAGGCCAUACUUGCGGCUGGCCAUAGGCGUCCCAUUUAUCGCUGCUUUAGUAUAUUCCAUGAUGACAGGUGAAGUGACCGAACUCGACUCUCCGUCAAUCGUGGAGCUCGAUGAAACUUUAAAGAAACAGGCGACAAUUAGCGAAACCUCCCCCAUGCGUUUACGAAUGGAAAAAUUGAUUAAAGAGCAUCAAAAGAAAAUUGUGGAUGAGUUAAGCAGGAUUGAUGGCACACAAUUCAAAACUGACACCUGGACGCGUCCCAAUGGCGGAGGCGGCAUAUCCUGCGUACUCCAAGAUGGAAAUGUUUUCGAGAAAGCUGGUGUCAAUGUAUCGAUUGUGUAUGGUGAACUGCCUCGGGCUGCUAUUGAAAAAAUGAGGGCCGACCACAAGUCAUUUGUUGGCGCAGACGUGAAUUCGUUGGAGUUUUUCGCUGCGGGCCUUUCUCUAGUCUUGCACCCCCACAAUCCCAUGGCACCGACAGUCCAUCUGAACUACCGCUACUUCGAGACAUCAGACCCUAAAGAUCCAAUCAAUGGAGAUAAGAAUUGGUGGUUUGGCGGUGGUACGGACCUAACCCCUUGCUACCUGUUCCCUGAAGACGUCAAGCAUUUUCACCAAACCAUCAAAGAUGCCUGCGAUAGGCAUGAUGCAACAUAUUACCCUAGGUUCAAGUCCUGGUGUGAUAAGUAUUUCUACCUUCCUCAUCGCCGGGAGACUCGUGGUGUUGGUGGUAUCUUCUUUGAUGAUCUCGAUGCGAGCUUUUUAGAAUCAUCUGCGACCUCAUCACAGAAUCCUCAGGAGACUUUAUUCUCGUUCGUCUCUGACGGACUCGCUUCUUUCCUUCCGUCCUAUGUUCCUAUUAUUGAACGCCGAAAGGAUAUGCCGUUUACACCUGCUCAGAAAGAAUGGCAACAACUUCGACGUGGGCGCUACGUGGAAUUCAAUCUCGUUUAUGACCGCGGCACCAGCUUUGGUCUGCGUACUCCUAACGCUCGGAUUGAAAGUAUUUUGAUGAGUCUUCCUCGUACUGCGAGUUGGGCUUACAUGGAUCCGGUGUCAGGAACUCGGACCGAGUCUUCUGCAGAGGAAGAGAACAUGGGCGAGAACAAGGAGCGUGAGAAGGAAUUAAUGGAUGUACUGAGACAUCCCCGGCAAUGGGUGUAGAUUCCCUUGUAAUGUAAGCAUAUGCCUAAACAUGAUAUCAUGUCUUCACUUCACCUGUACAUUAUGUUUGCGGAAAUUAUUUGAAAAUUUCCAUUAUCGCAUCUUCAUAUAUAUACUUGUGAGUUAUGUAUAGAGGACUUAACCCCUCCGAUAUUGUGACAAUGAAAUGCGAACAUAGCCUUGAAGAUACAUAAAGUAGAUGUAUGCUCUAUUGUCAUCUAAGUCAAAAGACUGGGAGUAUGCCGCCUUUGCGAAUGCUAGUAAUAAGAUGUGAAUAAGGUGAAGUGUGACGACAAUGCAAUCUAGGGGGUGGGGUGGCAUAUAUAAAUGGAAAGGGGGGAAAGACA